GCCAGUGUCCCGGUCCAGCUCCAAACCCCCGCCUCUUUAAAAGGGCCCUUCCAUAGCCACGCGAUCCCCACACCCACACAACCGCACCUCGCACCCAUUGACCAGACGGCGGCGCUCAUCUCCUCCCCCACGGUUCUCCCCAUCGGCCUGCUGGCUUCUCCCCGGCUUCCCCGAUACUGAUCCUCAUCACUCAUGUCUGCUGAAGUUGCUGGAGGACACCCUUAUUUCCUCUCGUGCUACUUCUGGUUCAUAUACUGCAUAAAAUUCCGAGAUUUUACUUGAUACAAGUGGAACACUCAGAGUUUUGUGCGAAUACUUCCUACCAUGUGAAUCAGUUGUAGCUGGUGAAUUUGGCAAGACUCAAUUUCUCUCAUCUGAGUUCAGAAACGUUUGCUUGGUCUCCUGCUUCCCUUGAGUCUUGCCAACCAUAGUUUUCUCUCAUCUCUUUCUGUGACUUGACCAACAUCUCUUUUGGUCCUGUCAGUCUCGCAAUACUCCCUUCCAAAGACUUGUCUAGAGGUUGGAUUGCCCUGCUCUCUGCUGGCACUGCAGCCUGCUGAAGUCUUUACUUGCUGCAUUCUGUGCUCACUUUUGAAAGCUGCUCUCUUCUGCUCUGCGUUGUUGAUUUCUGCACUCAAGCUUCUCUUGCCUGUGCACUCAAGCUUCUCUCUUCCUGGGCAACUAGUGAUCUCCUUGAAGCAUUUCAGCUUUUACCUAGAGAUCUUUCUGUUGUUGAAGGCAAGAGAGGCUUUAGGGUGAUGGCGCAAACUAGCCUGCCUCCUGGUUUUCGUUUCCACCCAACCGAUGUUGAGCUCGUUUCCUAUUACUUGAAGAGGAAGAUCAUGGGAAAGAAACAUAUCGUGGAUGCUAUAGCAGAGGUUGAUCUGUACAAGUUUCCUCCCUGGGAUCUAUGUGACAAGUCCUCUCUUCGAAGUAAAGAUCUUGAAUGGUUCUUUUUUUGUCCUCGUGACAAGAAGUAUCCUAACGGGUCUAGGACAAAUCGUGCCACACCAAAUGGUUACUGGAAGACUAGUGGAAAGGAUAGAAUAAUUAUGCUUAACUCCCGCACCGUUGGGAUGAAGAAAACAUUGAUAUUUCAUGAAGGCAAGGCCCCUAAGGGCGACAGAACUGAUUGGGUGAUGUAUGAAUACAGAAUGGAAGAUGAGGAUUUGGUUUCUGCUGGUUUCUCAAAGGAUGCUUAUGUACUCUGCAAAAUUUUCAAGAAAAGUGGCCUUGGUCCAAGAAUCGGAGAGCAAUAUGGGGCUCCAUUUAAUGAAGACGAAUGGGAUAAUGCAGAAGUCGAAACUUCUCUGUUUCCUUUGACUUGUUCAGAAGUGAAUCCAACAGAGGGACAACGUGCUCAGCCUACUGUCCUGGCUGGUGCUCUUCUGGAACCCGAACCACCUCUACAUAAUUCAUCUUCUACAUGUGCUGGAGAGGAAUCAUCAUUUGGUCAUGCCACUGCUGAGGACUUAACUUUUAGCCAUAGUGUUGCUAGCUCUGCUAUCCAAGAUACACCUGCUCGGAUGUCAGGAGACGGUGUGGUUUCUGUGAACAACAUAUCCAAUGUGGCCAAUGACAUGCGUAGUCCUCGUGACUGUGAUGAAUUUCUAUCGGAGUUGUCUAGAUUUAUGAAUGAUUCUCCUCUGCGUAACACUCCUCUUGGAGAGUGCUCUGGUCUUCCUCCGAUGUCUGAAGCUGAGGCUCAUGCUUUUGAAGUCAACUCUUUUGGCCUCUACAAUGAAUUAUCAGAGCUUGUUGGGUUAGGAUGCGCGGAUAACAACUUAAACACCAGCAAUGUGGAAACUACGGAUUAUCUCAUGUUGCCACCUGACAGAGAACUGUCGGCUAAUGAUUACAUGGAACUAAACGAUCUCCUUGCUCCUGACCCAAGCUUCCCCAGUGAAUUUUCUGCUCAGGACAAUCAAUAUAUGCAGCAUCCUCUUGCUCAGUACAAUGGACAUUAUGAUCUGUCAGGUCCUUCGGAGCCAACAAUGCCUAGCAUUUUCGAUGUUUUUCCUCCCAAUAAUGGAGUCCUCGCAACAGAUGAUCCAGCCAACUACUUGGACCCAGCCAUGCAGUUCCCUUUCUCAUGAUUGGUUACCAUUUGUCAUGGAGGUACGGAUGUUUAUACCUGCUCUUUUUGUGCUUGAACUUGUCUGGACUGCUUCGGUGUUGCAACUUGCAGCUCGCUGUUGCUACAACUCUAUCCACCCUGAACGUCAAGGACGUCAUUGAUGUCAUGCCUGGGCUCAUGAAAUCGUCUGUUGCUCUUCUGAACCAAGCCGACCUUGGCUGGUAUUUCUUGGAAGCACGGUGCUUGGAACAAUCUGCAUCGACUGCUGUAUGCUCCCAACUGGUUGAGCUAACGGCCAAUCUCGGCUCACUCUGCUGAGGAGAUCAUAGCCUGUAAAUCUUUGAUUAUGCUGUUACUUGUGUGUAUCGCAACCUGCCUGAUUACCAUUGUCUUGUGUUGAGUUUUGACAAUAUGCAAACCAUAAUAAUGUCGUAAUAUGGAACUCGUUUAUCAUGUUUAUUCCAUCCUCCCGUUAUGUGA